AUGGCCGAUGUCAGCUCACCCCCCGUCACCUUCAUUGCUGGGAGUGGGGAUAUCCCUGACCGGGAGCGCGAUGCCCUGGUCGACAUUCACCCCAAAGGGUUCUUCAUCCGUCAUCCGCCCGCACCUCAUGAACUCGACGAGGCUGUGACGCCCGAAAUCAAAUUAUUCCAAACCAUCCACAUGGGAGCCGCAGUGGUGGACCCCAAUCGCUGGAGCCUCGUUCUAGACGGACUCGUCGAGCGCCCUUUCUCCAUCAAUCUCGAACAGCUACGACAGAUGCCGACAAGGUCAGUCACGUCUUUUCAUGAAUGCUACGGCAGUCCCAUCAACCCUUCCACGAAGAAUGUUUGGCGUAUUGGAAAUGUACGAUGGACUGGGGUUCCAUUGCAGUAUCUGCUGUCGAUUGCGUGGCCAAACCUCGAGCGAGGGUCGUUCGUUUGGUCCGAUGGGUUGGACUCGGGUGCCUUUGCCGGGAUCUCGGCGGAUAGGUAUCAAAAGGACCUACCCAUCGAUAAGGCCUUAUCGCCAGAGGUUCUGGUGGCUUACGAGAUGAAUGGUCAGCCAUUGACCAAGGAGCGCGGCGGGCCGGUAAGACUAGUGAUUCCCGGAUGGUUUGGCACGAAUUCCACCAAGUGGUUGUGUCACUUGUCCGUGCAGGCAACCAGAUCAAGGGGGCCCUUUACGACUGUAUUUUAUAAUGAGAUCGACCCAGCAGAUUCGGAAGGCGUCCGGAAAAGGCCUGUGUGGAGGGUUGAGCCCAACUCGAUGAUUGUCCGGCCUCGUCCGGAGGAAGUAGUUCUCGCCAAGUAUGUUGAGGGUUGGGGACGCGCAUGGGGUGCAGAGGAGAUUGUUCGGGUGGAAAUCAGUCUCGACCACGGAGAAACUUGGACUGAGGCAACCGUGGUACCGCGGAAGGAGUUUGAGUGGCAGCUUUUCUCCUUCGAAGUGCACGCUCGCCGAUCCGGCAAAUAUCAUAUUCAAGCAAGAGCAACGGAUCAAUCAGGUACCCAGCAGCCACUACUGGGGAGGCGAAACCAUGUGCCAAAUGUGCAUAUCUGGGUGGAAUCCACGUCUGCCUAG